AGGUUAACCAAGAUAAUAAUCAAGGAAAAGUGCAAGUUCAAACUCCCGUAGUCCAUACCCAAAAAAGAGAUCGUCAAAGAGAAAAGUCACAAGCAGUUAACCAAACACCAGUAUAUAAGCCAGAACUGCAAAGGGAAGCCCCAACUACACAUGAUAGAGAUUAUAACGGA